CAGAUUCGCCGGUGUGCUGUUGGUGUUGUGCUGGCGGCUCGACUUUGCUGAAAAUUGGUGGCGUUGUCCGGUUCGAUAACAGGUCAAAAUGCAAAUCUUUGUGAAGACCCUGACGGGCAAGACCAUCACCCUGGAAGUGGAGCCCAGUGACACCAUUGAGAACGUGAAGGCCAAGAUCCAGGAUAAAGAAGGCAUCCCUCCUGACCAGCAGAGGCUGAUCUUCGCAGGCAAGCAGCUGGAAGAUGGCCGCACUCUUUCUGACUACAACAUCCAAAAAGAGUCCACUCUGCACUUGGUCCUCCAUCUGAGGGGUGGCUGUUAGUUCUUCAGUGUCUUAGUUAUGGUAGUGCUCUUCACCAUAGCUGUUUGCCCCAAUUUAAGUUUAGAAAUUACCAGCUUCAAUAAUAGCUGAACCUGUUCAAAACGUUAAUAAAAAUUUUGUUGCAUGGUAAAAAAAAAAAAA